UUACAGGUUGGAGGUGGAGAAGGUGGUUAUGAUAUGAAUGUAUUGCCUGUUUGGAAGCAAGGCAUUUCAGGAAAAGGAGUUGUUGUUACUAUUUUAGAUGAUGGAAUACAAACAAAUCAUCCUGAUUUAGUACAAAAUUAUAACGUAUUUAUGUCUACAAUAUCUAACAACUUGAAAAUAACUCUACCUGAAGACAAUGAUAGCAACAAGCAUGGCACAAGAUGUGCAGGUGAAGUGGCAGCAACAGCUUUUAAUGAAUUUUGUGGUGUAGGAAUUGCAUACAAUGCAAGCAUUGGAGGUGUUCGUAUGUUAGAUGGAACAGUUACUGAUGAAGUAGAAGCUACUGCAUUAAGUCUGAAUCCAAAUCAUAUUGAUAUCUAUAGUGCAUCCUGGGGUCCUGAAGAUGAUGGUAAAACAGUUGAUGGACCUGGAAAAUUAGCAAAACAAGCAUUUAUUGAUGGAGUAAAUUCAGGUCGUAACGGAUUAGGAUCUAUUUUUGUUUGGGCAUCUGGUAAUGGAGGAAGAUAUAGUGAUAACUGUAAUUGUGAUGGAUACACUAAUUCUAUAUAUACUUUGUCCAUCAGUAGUGCAACACAAGGAGGUUUAAAGCCAUGGUACUUAGAAGAAUGUUCUUCCACAUUAGCAACAACUUACAGUAGCGGAACACCAGGAAGAGAUCGCAGUGUGGUGACAGUUGAUAUGGAUAUGUCUUAUUUUGAAGGCUUGAGAAAUGGAAGAAAACCAAAUCCUUUUACCCUUUGUACUCGCUCUCAUACUGGUACCUCAGCUUCAGCUCCAAUUGCAGCAGCUAUCUGUGCUCUUGCUUUAGAAGCAAAUCGUUUUCUAUCUUGGCGAGACAUGCAACAUUUAGUAGUAUUAACUUCUCGUCCAGAACCUUUAUUACAAGAAACUGGCUGGCAGACAAAUGGUGUUGGAAAUAAAGUGAGUCAUAAAUUUGGCUAUGGUUUAAUGGAUGCUACUGCCAUGGUGAAAUUAGCAAAACAGUGGACACCAGUUGGAAAGCAACAUAUCUGUAAUACUCCUGUUGAUAAUACUGAAAGAGUUAUUCCAAAUUCUUCAGGAGAAGAACUUAAAGUUAGUUUAUAUACAAAGGCAUGUGCUGGAAGACCUAAUGCUGUGCGCUACUUAGAACAUGUUCAAGUUUUAAUUUCUCUUUAUUAUAAACCACGUGGAAAUCUUCAUAUAAGAUUAAUAUCACCUUCUGGAACAUCAUCUAGUGUACUUUUACCAAGACCAAGAGAUACUGAAGAUGGUUCUCUUAAUAAUUGGCCCUUAUUAUCUGUGCAUUUUUGGGGUGAACCUGCUGAAGGAAAAUGGACCCUUAUCAUAAAUACGGAAUCACAUAGAUCACGUUCCUACGGUCCAGGAAAAUUACAGAAAUGGUCUCUUAUUUUGUAUGGAACUGAAACUCCACCACCUAUUCACUUGUUGAGAAGUAACCACCCUUAUCGUUUUAAUCCUCUUAUAAGAGAGACAUCAGAAAAUAGCAAGAAUCCUUGUAAAACUGAAGAUGAAAAAAGUGGAAAAAAGUUUUUUGAUCCAGAAUCUGGAAAAUGUGUAGAAGAAUGUCGUGAUGGUAAAUUUGAAAAUAAAACAUAUAAUAUUUGUUCUCCUUGCAACUUUUCAUGUUUAAAUUGCUUUGGUCCAAAUUCUGAUAAUUGUUUAUCUUGUAUAAAAUCAUAUUACCUUCAGGAAGAUUUCUGUGUGCAAGACUGCUCUGAUGGUUAUUACAAAGAUGAGGAGACAAAUGAGUGUUUGCCUUGCAUUAGUCAAUGUAUGUUAUGUGAAAAUAAUCCUUCGUAUUGUCUGAGUUGUAAAAUUGGAUUAUAUUUAUUUGAAAAUCAUUGUGUCCCAGAAUGUCCAGAACAUACUUAUCAUGAUUCAGAACACAGGUAUUUUUCCACUGUUUUAAUUUUAAAAAUUACUGAUACUUUGCCCAUUUGUUCCCUUAUAGACUAUUCAUUACAAAAAUUUUGUGACAAUUCAUUGAUUCCUGGUGUCGCUGUUUCUAUGGGAAAAAAUGUCUUGAUGAUUUUAUCUAAAUGUGAUAUUGGAUGCAAAAAUUGUAACCAAGAAAAAUGCUAUUUGUGUGAUAAAGAUUGGAAACUACAAAAUGGUUAUUGCAUUUUUGAAAAAGCAUGUAAAGCAGGUGAAUCUUGUGUAACAGGCUAUAAAUGCAGCAAAACUUGUAAAGAAUGCAAUGGACCUAGGAGAAAUGAUUGUACUGAUUGUGAUUUUCCCAGUCAUUAUUUAUUUAAUGGAGAAUGUGUUAGUGAAUGUCCUGAUGGUUACUUUGCUAAUCAAUAUCAUCAUUGUCAGCUUUGUCAUAUAACUUGUUUAAAAUGUAUUGGUCAUGAAAUGGGACAAUGCCAAGCUUGCAUACAAGGAUAUGUUUUGCAUGGUGGUAAUUGUUUGCCUGAUUGCCCAAAAGGAUUCUAUAAAUCAGAUAUGAAUAAUUGUGAACCGUGUGACAAAAGUUGUCUGACUUGCCUGAGUGGAACAAAUAAAAAUUGUACAACAUGCAAAUUUAAUAAAUAUUUAAUUAAUGGGAUGUGUCGUGAUGAAAAGUGUCCAGAAAGUUAUUAUCUUCGUGAACUUCCUGAUGGGAAAGAAUGUCUUCCUUGUCAUCACAGUUGUAAAAGUUGUAGUGGUCCAGGCCCAACAGCUUGUCUAUCAUGUCCAGAUAAUGCUACUUUCAGAAAAGGAGUGUGCAUAUCAUGUUUGCAUGAUGAAUAUUUUGACCAAGAUACCAAAUUUUGCGAGCAUUGCCAUCCAAGCUGCGGAAGAUGUUUUGGUCCUGCUGAAGAUCAGUGUCUUAGCUGUCUCAUUCCUUUAAAAUUUGAUGUUAUUCAUCAUCGUUGUUUACCCUGUUGUCAAUUUGAUAUUGCAAAUUCUUUAGAUUGUUGUACUUGUACUGAAAACUCAGAUGUUUGUGUAAAUUCGGACAAUUAUCCUCGCAGUGUUGUUAAUGAAGGAAAAGACAAAGACAAAUUGCAGUUAUCGGGGGACAUUUCUGAAAGCUCGAAUAUUGCCUUCACCAUUUUAAUGGUCUGCAGUUCAGCCGUAAUGCUAUUUCUUGUGAUAUUUGGUAUUCUUCAGGCAUCUUCUCUAGGAUGGUGUCGACGCUUUGUUUGGAAUCAUAGUUACAAGAGAGUGCCAGAAGAAAUAACUAGCAGCUAUGACAGUAAAAUGGAAAAAGUUCUUCUCACUCAACAUGAUCAAGAUGACGAAGAGGAUGAUAUAUAUUGUAAAAUGUAAAACAUAAUCAAUGAAAGUGCCACUGUUUCUUACAUUUAUAAAGUCAUUCUUUGACAAGCAUUUAAAUGCAUAGUUUGGUGCCUCUUUACUUAUCCUGGUUACUUGGUGCUCCAUAAUCAUAAAGAAAAUAUCUCCGUCGAUAUAUUCUUAUAAAAUUUACUUGCGUGCACCACAAACACACCAAACUUUUCUCUCAACAGCUUUACAACCUAAAGAAGAGGAGAUCGAGCAUAUAAAAAAAACAUAAACUUUCAUAUCUUAAUUACAGAUCCUAGUGCCCUCUAAGGCUAGUGAGAAUAUUUGUAUACUAUUAUAAGGUAAAUUUAGGUCACAAACCUUUCUAAUUAUAUAAUACAAAUAUAAUCAUAUCGUAUGAAAUAUGUUGAAAGACUAUAAGUCAGAAUUGUUAAUGAGAAAAUUAUUUUUCUUGUAGAAAUGUAUCAUUUAUAAUGAAAGAUAAAAAAAAAUACUCUUUUGUGCUGUUUAAAGCACAGAUUAUAAAAACUUAUUUUAUUAGCUGUUAAAAAAAAUAUAUUAAAAUUUGUUAACAUGCACUUUUUAAAAUCACUAUGCAUGUCAAAUUUAAUAUCUUUACAUAACUAUAGACUUAGCAUUGAUUGAUUCUAAAGAAUCAUCAAUUUUAUAUCAUUCCACUAAAUAUUUAAACCAAUUACCUUAGGAAAAAAUUUGAAAUACAUUAUUUUUUAAUCAUUUUAACAAGAAUGAUAUUAAGAGAAACUGCCGUCGACUUAUUUAAAUUUAUCUCGUCAUUUAAAAUUGGCUAUCAAACAAAAUAUUUGUUAUUUUAAUGAAUUUUUAAUGCUUUAGUCUAUCUUUGUUGAAUAUGCAAUAUAUAAGGGAAAAAGUUGGUUGUGAAAAAAUUCUCUCAUGCUUACUUGAAUUGAUAAAGGAAAGUUUGACCAAAAC